AUGGCUCACCAACAGGACACCUUCCAAUAUGCCAUGAGCUCGAACGGGGCGUGGGCGGGCUACAAGGCGUACCAGAAUCCGCAGUUCUUCCCGAAGCUGGCGAGCGGCCAAUCGCCCCAGAUCCUCUGGCUCGGUUGCUCCGACUCCCGCUGCCCCGAGACGACGAUCCUCGGCCUCCAGCCGGGUGACGUCUUCGUGCACCGCAACAUCGCCAACAUCAUCUCGGCGACGGAUAUCAACACGUCGGCGGUGAUCGAGUACGCGGUGGCGCACCUCAAAGUCAAGCACGUCGUGCUGUGCGGGCACACAUCGUGCGGCGGCGCGGCGGCGGCGCUGUCCGACUCGAGGGUGGGCGGCGUGCUCGACACGUGGCUCACGCCGCUCAAGGCGGUGCGCUACGCCCACGCCGACGAGCUGGCGGCCAUCCGCGACGACAAGGAGCGCGGGGUCCGCAUCGCGGAGCUCAACGUCGAGGCGGGCGUCAAGGUCCUCAUGGCCAACUUCACCGUCCAGGAGGCGAUCCGCGACCGCGGCCUCGAGGUCCACGGGUGCCUCUUCGACAUCAGCUGCGGCAAGAUCAGGGACCUCGGGUUCGGCAACACCAAGGCAAAGACCAAUGGGCACCGCAGCCCCGGGCCAGAUGAGAUCAUCCGGGGCAACCACGCGACGCUGGUCUUCCGCAGCGGUGGUGCCUCCAUGACGGGUCGAUAG